AUGGCUUUUGUUCUGAGGUUCUUUACAUGCCUUGUUUUGACGCUAUCUAUGGAAAGGCGGGAUGAUGAUUCCCCAUGCUGUGUAGGAGUUACAAAAUUGAAAGAUAUGGUUCGACCCACCCUUGAUCGCCAACAAGCAUGCAAAUGCUUAAAGGCCGCUGCACAGGGCAUCGACCCAAGUAUAGCCUCUAGCUUUCCUGGAAAGUGCGGUUCGCAUUCUGUAUCCCAUCUCCAUGAACACUAA